AGAACUUAGAACAGUAUCUGAGUUUAAUUCAAAUUUCUGAGCUACCUGAAGAACGACAGUAAUUGUGACUUUUUUCUUAUCUUUAUAUAUUUGCGUAGAUGUGUGAUAAUUGCCUUCGAUAUAAUACUACUGAUAAGAUUAUUCGUUGUGUUCUAGAAAGGAGGUAAAAUAUUAUACUACUACUAUUUUUCGGAACAUCGGUUUAUCUUCCACUUUUUUUGCAAUGCCAAAUUUUUAGAGACAUUAAAUUAUUGCAAUCGUUUGAAUUUUGGUACCAUUUAUCGCAGAUAAUUUAUUUUGAAUUUGUGUUAUUAUUCUCUCAUUUAAUAGUUGAGAUUGCUUGCUAAGAAAAAUUUCUGCGAUACCUCCAGGACAACUUUUUCUGCCAUUCAGUUUCUGUUCAUAAGAAGAAUUCCGUUAAGGUGCAGUUGGUAGUGGCUCUCACAGCAACGCGCUAUUCUGAGCCAUAAGAGAGUAACUUUGAAAUACUAUUCGCAACCGUACUUAUUUUAUAAAGUAGCCAUUUGCGGUGAAGGUGUGUGAUCAGCAAUUACCUUUCCCAGAAUGCCCAUAGCACCCCAUACUAUGAGUAAACGCCUCCUAGCGAAAACUAUCAAGAAACUCAAUCCUGGCGUCAAAAAACAGGGGUCAGCGGACUCAAAUUAUAGCCAGCCAUCUUCAGACCUGUCUCUGGAUGAGGAACGCGAGGCGAUGCGCCGGGAGACCGAACGGCAGGCACUGGCCCAGUUGGAGAAGGCUAGGACGAAGCCAGUUGCCUUUGCUGUUCGAACGAAUGUUGCAUAUGAUGGGAACCUAGAUGACGAUUCUCCAGUGCAUGGUUGUGCAAUUUCUUUUGGAAUUAAGGAUUACUUGCACAUCAAAGAAAAAUAUAAUAAUGACUGGUGGAUAGGUCGUUUAGUGAAAGAAAACAGUGAUAUUGGUUUCAUCCCUAGUCCUGUAAAAUUAGAAAAUCUGCGGUUGCAGCAAACGCAACAUAGUGGUAACAAGAAAAUAAAUCCUAGUAAAGCUAGUUCUGCUUCAAAUAUCGGUGGUGUAACUAAUGAUGUAACAAAUGUCAGGUCAACCUCUAGAGGUUCAACUCCAACUACUCCAGUCUUCGACGUGGAUCAAAAUGGGUUAGAAACUGUUGUUGGGGACGACAGUGACAGUCUGGGCAACAGUAAACUUGGAAAGACUGUCACUACGCCGCCAGCCAAAGAAAAAAAGAAACCAUUUUUUAAAAAAUCUGAGAACAUUCCCCCAUAUGAUGUAGUGCCUUCAAUGCGACCCGUUGUCUUGGUAGGGCCUUCCCUCAAAGGUUAUGAGGUCACAGAUAUGAUGCAGAAAGCUUUGUUUGAUUACCUGAAACAUCGGUUCGAGGGACGAAUUAUCAUCACGAGGGUUACAGCAGACAUAUCAUUGGCAAAAAGAUCGCUGCUGAAUAAUCCAAGUAAACGAGCUAUUAUGGAAAGAGCAAACAGCCGGUCAUCUUGUUUAGCUGAAGUACAAGCUGAAAUCGAGCGAAUAUUUGAGCUUGCACGAACUCUGCAGUUAGUAGUCCUUGAUUGCGAUACCAUCAACCACCCAUCUCAGUUGCUGAAGACCUCUCUUGCACCCAUUGUAGUAUAUGUGAAAAUUUCUUCUCCAAAGGUUCUGCAGAGGUUAAUUAAAUCUAGGGGGAAAUCUCAAAGCCGAAAUCUCAACGUACAAAUGGUGGCAGCUGAAAAACUUUCUCAGUGUGCUCCAGAAAUGUUUGAUGUGAUUUUGGAUGAAAACCAGUUAGAAGAAGCUUGUGAACAUCUUGCAGAGUUUCUUGAAGCAUAUUGGAGAGCCACUCAUCCUCCAAAUAAAACACCACCCCCUAUUGUCCCCAGACCAAUUCCUUCCCCUCAUCCAUCACCGCGACUUGAAGAACCUAGAGGUGGAGUUGGACUUCUGAGGCAUAAUUCUACACCACCUGGCAUCAAUUACAGAUCUGAAACUGAAAGGAGGCCUAGACAUUCAGAUGAACCAAUGUCUCCAAGUAUGGAGGUUGAUCCACAAAGUGAUUACAGAAUGAUGGCCCGCGAUCCACCUCCUAGGAGAGAACUUCCUCCUAUAGUAGUACCUGGUGACAGAGGAAUAGCUGGUGGAGGGGGAUAUGGACCUCCAAUUGGCGGACCUUCUGACAGAGAUAUGCAUCCUUUACCUGAUCGGUAUCCUCAAACACACCAUUCACAACAGCAUCGAGAACCAAUGAUAAUGGAUUUUAGUGACCAAGAAUAUAGUGACCGUGCUGCUUGGGAACGAGGGAUUGUGAGAGACCGUGACCGUGAAAGGCCACAGCAUGACUAUUACAUGGAUGAAGUGGAUUCCCAGAUGAAGAUGAGAUUGGAUGAUCGUGGGCCACCUAUGGAUUAUGGAGGUGGACGUUAUGGACCAUCAGAAAUGAGGGAAAUGAGAGAAAUGCCUGAUCCACGUGAUAUGCGACAUCAGCCACAUCAUCCAUAUGACAGAGAUUAUCCAUCUCCCCAUAGGGGGCAGACAAUGGUACACAGAGAUAUAUUAUGAAUGGCCUUCUCACCUUCAUUGGGGCAUUUCUUGGAAUGUAAUGAACUAUUAAACAAAUAUUUCAGCAAUGUACCUUUUAGGGAAAACCCUAAAAAGACAAGAGAGUCUGAAGUAUUUGGACAGUGGCAUGGUUCAUUCAUUGGGUCCUUAUUAUUUUCUAUUUGUUACUGAAAUAAACCUUUCACUGUUGAAUUCUUCAGUGUCACAAAUGUCAACUUUCCUCUUUGGUCAAAUAUCUGCCCACAACCUCUUAAGAAUGGUUCUGUAAAUCAAGGCUGGAAUUGUGACAUUCUACUGUGUUUCAUCUAUCGCUGCCUUCACAAAGUCCAUCCCAGCACUGUUUGUUGGUUUGUUGUUCAUUGUCGUCAUGUAAUAAAAAAAAAAUUUAAAAAAAGAAAGAAAGAAACUAACCUCAGAAUGUGCUUUGACCUCAUAAAGCUACUCCUAGUCAAUGUGCAUGCUCAACUUUAGAGGCAAAUGUUGACUAUUGAUGUUGUCUUAAAUUACAAAUUAUAAUGACAAAUUUCAGUUAUUAAAUCAUUAAAGAUUGAAGCUUAUUAGACUAAAAGAUAUAUUAAAGAGCCUUAAUUUGAAGUUAUAGGAGAAUAGCUAUAAUUUAUUUUUUCAAGCCAGCAGAAAAUGCACUUUUUUGUUGCAUCUUCUUUGUGGCAGUUUUGAAAUUUAAGUAUUUCUGAUUUGAAGAGACAUGUUAUUAUGGAUGUUUAACAAAUAUUUUAAUAAAGCAUUUCAUUUUAAAUAUGCAAAACAAAAUUUCUUAGAUGAUUCUUGCUGUUGCAAGAAGAUUCACAUAGUCAUGUGUAGAAUUUUCCACUGUACGUCUGUAUAUGUAUGGUGUCCUGAAAUUCAUAGCCACAUUGGCUUUUUUAUGAGAAGUAAAAUGCAUUAGUUGCAUAUCGCCUGUGAUGUGCUAACAUUGUUAUACGGCAUCGGACGAAUGAUGAUGAUGCAAGCCUAAAGACAUUCUAGUUGAUUGGAAAGGUACAAAGUAGACUACUAGACAGAAUCAACACCAUUUAGAACUUCCUUUCAUGAGAGAUUGUUGAAUACAGAAUAUAACUGCUAGUCAAAGCUGCAUGUACAUACUUGUUUGUAAAGCCACAAUUUGGAGGCAAAACUCUACUUCUUUACCAGUAUAUCACCGAAUUUAUUUGAAGUUCUGGUUCAUGUAGAGUUUAAUGUUUUGUGUUUAUUCUUAGAAAAAUUGACAGUAGAGAUUUUUUCUGCAUAUUAACAAAUUCGACUCUCUGCUGUCAGUGCCUAAUGUUCUCUAAUCCUUCAUGAAAUGAUGCAUUUUGAGCUGUCAUACAUUUCAUGCAUAGGGUGCAUUGUCUCAGCUAUUUUGUGUACAUGAACGUAGAAGGUCCCUUUCUUGUAAAACUGGUUAUAUGUACAGUUGUACCCAUCUUUUUUAAUUUUUAGGUUUUCCCUAAUGUUGCAAAAGGAAUUUUAAAAUAAAGAAGAUUGUGUUUAUAUUAAUAAAAUGUUUCAAAAGAACUAUUGUUCAAAGAAGUCAUAAUUUAAUAUUAUUUUUCUCAUUCAGUAAUAUAAUAGGAGGAUUGUUGAUUUUGUAAAAUGUCUUUUUAUAUUCAAAUUGCAAUUUGAGUACUAUAUUUUGCAUUCUGUUUUAUAGUAAAGUUUCCUUGAAAAAAAAAAAUUUUAAUUAUUUCAUUUCGAUAGAAAGAGAUAAAGUGUGAAGCAUUGCUAUAGAUAUCCUUUUAAUUGUACUGUUAGCAUACACACAUAUAAAAUGUUUAAUUUUUGUUAUGAAAAAGAUAUUCAUCUGAUUUUUUUAUUAGAAUUUUCAUAAAAUAAAGAAAAAAGGUUUAAUUCUGUUAUUUCUGAAUAAUACAAGUGGCAGAACAUGUAUGGCUGUUUAAACUCAGUUUUCAUACAACCUUUCCAUCUACAUUGUACAUUAAAAAACUACAAACCAGCUAUAUAUUUUAGCUCCUGUAAGAUAUUCCUUCAUGCUGUUAAAUCCCCAACAGUGUUAAAGUGAUUGUGAUAAGAAAUCAAGAGCUAUAAACUCUAUUGGAAAGUUAUGGAAAUUGGAAGAUUUUUUUCAAAUUUUAUUUAUUAUUAAAUCUUUUCCUCUGCAGUUAAAGCAAUCAUUAAAUUCAUUAUAUUAAAAUGUAGUUUAUGUAUAAAUACUUUUUAUAUUUAAUUUUUAUUUUGAUGAAAGCAAAGUUAAACUUUAUGUAUAAAAAUACGCUAGAGCAGGAUUUCUAAAAAUCACCUGGUGUGUUCCUCAAAGUUUGUGCUCUUUGAGGCUAUAUGGGUAUUCUGAAAAAGGAGACAGAUUUUACUUAAUUUUCACCAAGAUAUGAUUAUUAAAUAUUAUAAAAAUUGUAAAUUAUCAUGUAAUUGUGGCAUAAUUAAAUUUGCUGAACUUCAGAAUCUUCUUUAGUAAAUUUGAGUUAAGUAUGAUAUAAUUUCUCAAAAAGUUAUUUUCUAUACCUUUAUGUUAGCAAAUAAGACAAAGGUUGUAUGUUCUUAAUAUGACAGAUGCACUUUAUGCAUGAAGAAGAAUUUUUACAUGCAAAAUAUUUUGACAUAUUGCCACUAGUCAUUUUUAGAGCACCAAAAGUAUCUGUACCGCAUUAAAAGCCAGAACCAUUUGAAACAAAUGCACCGCUGAACUAAAACUGAAAAGGUGAUUUAUUACCAUUUCUUGCUUUAGUGUAUAUAUUCUGAUGUAAAUAAUGUUUUUAAGAUAUUUUAUAGAUUGCACAUUUAUUUAAAUGCAUUUUUAUGCUGAAAUUUUAUUAUACUGUAUUUAAUUGCAUAAUUCCUCUUUUCACUUCGAAAAUUGAAUAACUUCUUAAUGAAUAUGAAAGGAAAUUUUCAUGUUCUGACUGAUUGUUUCCUUUAUCUAUUCUUGCAAUAAUCCAUUACCUUUAAAUUCUGGUAAUUGUAUAUUUUACAUUCAUAUUGCUGUUUUGCAAUAAUCUGCAUGUAAAAAAUGUUUUGAUGCUUGCUGCAUUUUGACAGUCAUUAUUUUUCGUAAUAGUUUUAAAAAAAUCUAAUUUCAUGCAAUGAAAUUUGAAAGAUUUUUUUAAUUUAUCAAUUUAAAAGAUAUAAAUGUCUACUAAAAUAUAGAUGAUUCACAAAGGUUAUUUCAAGUUACUUGUAUCAAAUUAUGAUUUUUUAAAGGAAGAAUAUUCUUUUUGAUGUUGUAAAUUAUGAAAUUUGCAUUUAAUAAUAUGUUGCACAUUUUUAUUAUGAUUUUUUCAUUUAGCUCUAAUUAUUAAACAAUUAAUGAAAGUUGUUGCACUCAUAGGAUUACUUCUGUGAGGAUUAUUGAAAUAGAUACAUGGGAUGCAUUUCUGAAUUUUUGGGGGGGGCUUUGCUAAUGAGUCCAGUUUCAUCUUUUUGUAGGGAAAACUAAAAUUAUAAGGACAAAAUUUUAAUGGGAAAGUUGUUUGAUAUUUUCGUGCAUUUUAUCUUUAAAAUAUCUUAUGUCAAACAUUUAGCACUUGCUUUAAAAUAUUUUAACACAUUGGUGUUAUUGAGGCUAACUGCAAAAUACUUCGGCAUAUACAAGUCAUCAAUAUAAAAUUUACCCAACAUUUAAAAAUUUUCCGUGUUCUUUGAGGAAAGCUGUUUUUGCUUUCUUUGUAGGAGUCUGGAAUUUUUUUUUUUUUUUUUUAUGCUGUAAUUUUUAUGUCUGUCACUGAGCUGUAUCAUGUUUUUCAGGUGAAAAAUAAUCAGCACAUUUUUCAGAUAAUCGUAUAAUAAAUCUAACUAGCAUCAUAAAAUAGUUUUUUCUGUUUAAAAAUACUUUUUUAAUGAAUAUUAGAGUAAUUUUGCAAUUAAAUAGAGUAAUAUGUAUUAAAAAUGAAUAUAUGUUGCAUAUAGAAAUGAAAGAAUUAAUUUUACAAAUAAUUGAUGGAAUAAUGAAACGUUUCUUGUUGCAGAAUACAAAAAUAUAAAUCCUGUUAAGAAAAUAUUACUUGCUUAUGAAUACUGUCAUAUUAAAAAAAUUGUCUUUAUAUAUAACAUUGAUAUUAUAGCAUUCAUAUUAUUAGAUUAUUUUAACAAAUUGUAUAUUUUUUGUUCUAAGUCUUGUCUUGAAUAUUUAUUAUCAAAUAUUGAAACAAUUUGUUUGUGAUACUGUUUAAUUCUAAGAAAAGGAGCCACAUGUGCAUUUAUUAAAAAUUUUUAAAUAUGUAUAUAUAAGGAGAAAUAUUUAAUACAGAAAUUUGUCAGUGGCCUUAUUUUGUAUUUAAUAGCUGAUUAGUAUAAUGACUAGUAAUGCUAGUAGUAGGAAUAAAAUAAAAAGCAGAGUGCUAAAAGCAUAAUAUGUGCAUAUGAAUUUACAUAUAUUAAAGUUAAAAAGCACUGGUGACACACUAAUUUUAUGCUAUUGUCAAUAUGCAUUUAUAUGAAGUUCUUAACGACUAAAACUCGUCUGAUACUUUACAUUAUCAUACAAUCGUAAUCUUCUUAUUCAGCCAACUGCUGCAUAAUGUUCAUUCUAUAUAGUCUUACUUAUUUUGUUUCUGAAUUCGUAACUUCAUUUAUUUAUUUAUUUUAAAUCGGACUUUGCUUUCCAUGUGCAGUUACUUUUUGGGGACCAAAUACUUCUUUUUAAAGUAUAUUUUAAAUGCUUAACAUUGUUUGUACAAUAAAGGUGUAUUCUGUACACUGACUUACAUAAUAACUUUUAAUAUAAUUCAUAAAUUUAGGAAUCUAUGGUCCUGUUGUGCAAUUUUGAAUAUUAGAUACUUUUAAUGUUAAAUUUAAAAGCAUAAUUUAGAAAAACAAAAACUAUGUCAAGGCUAUGUGGUGAUAUCAAUUAAGCUUUCAGCAACUGUAAAAGGAAAAUAAUCAUUUUGAUAUUGAGAAAAUUAAAAAUCAAAUAUAAGGGAACCUCAGUCUGUUGUAUUCCAAUAGGAUAAAGGAAAGAAAUUAUGAAUACUAGAAAACGAUUAAAUUGGGAGAAUAUCACACUUUUCAAAUAAAUAACAUAUUGUAAAUAAAUAGCAUUUAUUGCUUUUGACAUGAAUACACUACAUUAAAAGCUACCUUCUAAUAAAAAUAAUGAUGCAUCGCCCUUUGCUUCUUGAUUAGGGCUAAGUCUCAACUGAAAAUACAACUUUUCAAUACUGAAAUGUUUACACUUGCUUCUACUCUGCGCAUAAGAAAUGAUCUUUUGCAAAGCUUUGCAAGAUUUGGUAACGAUAUAAUCUUUCGUUCAAUUUUUAUUUUCUUCCUUUGUAUUCCUUGUAGACUCUGAACAUGACUUCAGAAAUUAUGCCGCAGGUGAAGUGUUAAUAUCACUGUGUUCUCCAAAGGAAAGAUAAUGCAAAUAAUAAAUAUGUAUUUCACUUUAAAUUCCUCCCCCGCAAAAAAAAAAGUCCAGCAUGAAAUGUAACAGAAAUGUUAUUUAUGAACUAUUAAUGAUAUAAAAUCUUAGUUUUGGAAAUGGUGAAUACAGAAAUUAUAUUAUUUGGAUAAUCAAAACAUAUGAGGGCUAUCUGCCUAAGAAGAGGGAUGCCUUUGUUGAGAAUUUUCUAAUGGAAACUGGCUCAUAUUCACAUUACAUAUGGAAAAAAACAAGAAAACACCUAUGCAAGCAGUUUGCUUGCUAGGGUUGAAAUCUGCCUCAAGCAACCAUUGUUCAUCAAUCUUAAUCACUUUCCACACUACUGUGCCAUAGAAAUAAAUUAUGCUGUUCAUGUAGAGCAUCAUUCAGACAAAAAUGGCGACAAUUUUGUAGGAUACAAAGAUAAUGAUACACUGAGGUUCUAAUAUAAUAAGAAUUUUGCCUGAGGUUUAAUUACUAUUUUAUAAUAAAUGUGCUAAGCUUUUGUAUGUUAUAUCUGAAACAAAUUAAGUGUACUCUUUGGAAAUAAAAAUUUAGUAGAUUUUGCAAUAGAUAAAAAGCUAGUGUGGUUUAUAAUUCUAAUUGAUUUUCUACAUGUUAUUAUCAAAUGUAUGGAAGCUUCUGACCACUAUCUUAAGUACAGCUGUUUUAUGUGCUCUUAUAAGGAAACAGAUAUUGCUGCAAUGAAAGGCACUUUGGUUUGUUGAGAAAGCAUUGAGUAAACAAAAUAAAUGAACAGAUACAAUUUAUAGCCAUGAUACUUCAGCUAUUGCUUUAAAUUUCCUCUAAUGGACUUGCUGCUAUAUUUCAUAAAACACGCAUAAACUUCUAAUGUUCCUUUAAAUUCCGUGUGUGUUUUUUAAAUUUCUUAAAAAAUAAAAAUUAUAAUCUCUUACUGCUUAUGUAUUUUCCGCAAUACAUUUCUGCUAACCACAGUUUUUUACUAACUUCAUUCAGGAAGACAUUAAUGGAUAAAAAAGAUUUCUUGCUUAUCUCUAUGUAACUUUCCCGAUAAAAGUAUGCAAAUUGCCCAUUUGUAUAAAAAGGAAUUUUGAACUUUCAAAUAAACUAGCAAUUUAUUAAUUUUUUUAGUUCUCAUGCAAUGUUCUUCCCAGUAUAAUUAGCAUUCGAUAUAUGUAAAUAUAUUUGAAAGUUAAAGAAUUUUUUAUGAUUUUGUCUUGCUUUUCUUUCCAUUGCUAAAAUUGCUUUUAAAACUGUGGCUCUUUUUUGCAUAAUUAAACAACUUGCUAUCAAAUGGCCAUUUGAAUGACUUUUGUACAUUGAUUCUAGUGAAACAUGUAAAUUAUGUAUAAAGUCUGAUUUAGUUUCAUAUUUGCAUGCAAUGUAAAAGUUCUAAAACAAUGGAUAGUUCUAAAUCGGAAUAUUUUUCCAAGCCAGAUAAUUUUUUCCUUGCACUGGCUUUCAUAUUUGUCAUACUUUUAAUGCCUCCCGUGAUACAAAUGCUGCAAUAGAUGUACAAUUAAUGUCAUUACACUCAUUUAAGAAUUUGUUCCUCUUUAUUCGUUAUUUUUGUGGCUUGACUGCAUAAUAUAUAUAUAUUAUAUAUUAAAUUUCUGAAAUUUUA